CCAGCAUGCCUUGCGAGAGCAGCCCAGAGAGACAGACGGAUUUACAUCGGAGUUUGUGGUGAAAGCAGCUGGAAGCGUCUGACGUGAUGGAGGAUAAAAUAAAGAACUACAGGACGGCUCCGUUCGACGCCCGGUUCCCCAACACCAACCAGACCCGCAACUGUUACCAGAACUAUCUCGACUUCCACAGAUGCAGCAAAGCUCUGUCCGCCAAAGACCAGGACACGGCUCCCUGUGACUGGUACCGGAGGGUGUACAAGAGCCUGUGCCCCAUUUCCUGGGUUCAGAAGUGGGACGACCAGAUGGAGGCGGGCAGUUUUGCAGGGAGAAUUUGAACGCACCUUCCUCCCUAUUUCCUUCCUCUUAUCAUCAUCAUACUGUGAAGCUUUCUAAUAGUUCUGUAUGCGAGCAGCUAAAUAAAAUAACUUAUGUUACUGUGAA